UUAUGUUAUACCGUUAGACGUACGACGAUCGGGCUAAAUAGUUAGGCAUCAGUUAUAACUUGUGUAUCAGAGAGAGUGAACUGCAGUUCAUUCUCGUUGUUAGUCUUAAAAUUAAUUUAUUGUACUAAUACGUAUACACAGUACACACUAAAAUCAAAUAAUUGAAAUAAACUUUUGUUGUGUUUUUUUCUUAUACUUUAUCAAUAGUAAAAUGGUUUUAUAUUAUGUUUCUCGAAUAAAAUUAUUUAAUAAAGAUGUUAUAUAAAUUGUAAAAAUGUUAAUUUAGGUAACAUUUUGUUGUUCCUAGAUAGAAAAGCAAAUCCACUAAGAAAUUUUAUUUCUACAACAUACGAAUAUUUCUACAUAAUAAAUAAUGGCAUACCCAAAGUCAGUGUGGUUUAUCAUCUGCACAGAGUUUUGUGAACGAUUUUCCUACUAUGGACUUCGAACUGUUUUAGUAUUAUAUCUCACAUCAAUAUUGCAAUACGAUGAAGACGAAUCCACUAUUAUUUAUCACAUGGCUGUCUUUAUGGCGUAUUUUUCACCACUAUUUGGAGCUAUUCUAUCUGAUUCUUUCUUGGGAAAAUUCAAAACUAUAGUAUAUCUUUCACUAAUUUACGCAGUUGGAAAUUUAGUCAUAACUGGGUCAUCUUUGGCAGUUUCAUUUAGUUUAAACAACCAAAGAUACUUAGCACUGAUGGGAUUAGUUUUAAUUGCGAUUGGCACAGGUGGAAUAAAACCAUGUGUUUCUUCAUUUGGCGGUGAUCAAUUCGACCUUCCUGCUCAAGAAGUUUAUCUACAAAAGUUCUUUUCCAUAUUUUACUUUUCUAUCAACGCAGGUUCUCUUAUAUCAACAUCAGUAACACCGGAGCUAAGAAAAGACGUACAAUGUUUCGGCCGAACUUCAUGUUUCCCCUUAGCUUUUGGUGUACCAGCUGUGCUAAUGCUGGUCGCGAUUUUUAUUUUCGUAUGUGGUAAACGAUUAUAUAAGAUAAAAAAACCAGAAUCGAACGUCAUUGUAACAUCUUUUUCAUGUAUUUUUCAUGCGAUAAAAAGAAGACUAUCAUAUGUUUCAUCAAAUACAAAAAAAAGUCAUUGGUUGAAUUAUGCAGACGACAAGUUUUCGGAAAAAGACAUUUCAGAUAUACGCGCUGCUCUAGAUGUGAUGUAUUUAUUUAUUCCGUUCCCAUUCUUCUGGGCUUUAUUUGAUCAACAAGGUUCUCGUUGGACAUUACAAGCUACUUUGAUGAACGGUAGGAUUGAUUUUCUCAACUGGACAAUGAAGCCUGAUCAAAUGCAAGUGAUGAAUCCUCUUCUCGUUUUAUUAUUUAUUCCGUUUUUCGAAACCGCUGUUUAUCCUCUAUUAGCCAAGAUUGGUAUUAAAAAACCAUUACAAAAAAUUGCAUUAGGUGGUUUUCUUGCCGCUUUUGCUUUUGUACUAUCUGCUGUUGUACAAAACAAGAUUAUUGGUGGAUCGAACCAAAUAUCAUCUGGUGAAGGUCAUCUAAGAGUUUUUAACGGAUUUGAUUGCAACAUUACAAUCAAUUCAACAAAUUUACCUGUCUACAAAUUAAGUUCUCUUGAGACUUUAGAGAUAAGAUAUACCCCAACUUCUAACGAAACUUCAUUUCCAAUUGUUUUCAUCGCUGAUCCUUCGUGUUCUCCGACUUUGUCAACAUUAAAUUUAACGAGCAGUGUUUCUAUUGUAGAAGGAAAGGCAACGUCAUAUUUUUUAACUCGUUCAAAAGAUAAACUUGAAUUAAAAAGAAUUGGUUAUUUUGAUGACAUGACUAAACCUAAGAACGGCAAUCCAAUUUUAAGAAUUUUAAACAGCGAUGAUUUAUCUAAUAAAGUUUUAAAACUCAAAGAUAAAGACAACAACAACACGGCAACUGAAAUUAAUUUAAAAUCCUUAACAACUAAAACGGUACCCAUUGGAAAAUAUAAAGCCUUUUUUGACAACGAAUUUAUCUCAGACUUCAAUUUUUUACCGGCUAGUGUAAACACGCUUGUAUUACAACUUAAUUCAGGACACACAGAUUCAAAUUUGGUAGUCCUAGAGAAAGGUAAUUUUAUUCAUAUAGCAUGGCAAUUACCUCAAAUUAUUGUAAUGACCGCUGCAGAGAUUAUGUUUUCGAUCACGGCGUUAGAAUUUGCAUUUACUCAAGCGCCUACAAGCAUGAAAUCCUUACUGGCAGCAGUUAAUUUGUUGACGGUAGCGUUAGGAAAUCUAAUGGUAGUGAUCGUGUCUGAAGUACGGUUUUUCGAAAAUCAAACCUAUGAAUACUUGCUAUUUGCUGGAUUAAUGGUGCUCGAUAUGUUAAUAUUUAUUUUAAUGAGCUGUAAAUAUAAAUAUAAAAAUCUGAAUGACCCCGUACCCAUUACACACAAUGAGCAAAACAAGCAAAACUAAAGGUAUACUAUUUUUUUUAUAUUGUGAUAUAUUGCAGAUAAUUUAUAUUUAAUCAAUUGAUUAAUAUUUUACUAUGUAUACAUUUUAAGUAUGACUGUAUAAACUACUAUUCAAAUUCCCGUAUACACUUGUUUUUAUAAAAUAUGUAUUUAUAUGUUAUAUCUAUAUAAAUAAGUUAAAUUAUCUAUAUGUAUUAUAUUAUUACGGAUUUUU